CUCUAUAAAACAGAGAAGAAGCCACCACAUCUUUUUCCCAUUGCAAGAAAAUGAAACACUUCUACCAAUUCCAACAGCGGCUUGUCCUCUUCAUAAGUCUUGGCUUAUUGCUGUCUCUUCUUGCUUCAUCUUUUAUGAAGUGCAAUGCCUUGGAAGAUUCCACUGACAUAAGCGAUGCAAGAGACUUCGUUUCCAAUUACAAAAACCAAACCGGCCUCUCCAGAAAGCUUCUGCUAUCUCCGGAUAUUGGCGACGGGAGCAAAAGGAUAGGAGAAGAAUGCUCAAAAGAUGACAUUGUUGUCUUCCAGGGCUCAACGGUUCCACUUCCAAACGGAGUACCAGCAUUUACAGUUGAGAUCUUGAAUGCAUGUGCCUCUGAUUGCAGCGUCGCGGAGAUCCACGUCAGUUGUGGCUGGUUCAGCUCGGUCAGACUGGUUAACCCUAGAGUUUUCAGGCGACUCUCGUACGAUGACUGUCUGGUCAAUGAUGGUCAACCUCUUGCUCCUGGACAGACACUCUCCUUUCAGUAUGCUAACAGCUUCUCUUACCCUCUCUCUGUUUCUUCAGUCUCUUGCUUCUAGUUUUAGACGGUAUUUUCCACGGACCUGUGCUUUCAGUUUUUAUCAAACCGAGAUCUUGGAUUGAGUUUGUGCUCAUCAAACCAAGGUCUUGGUUAACCUACCCUUGUAAGCCAGUUUAAGUUUAUUAG